AUGGAGGGAAGAAGGCUUCAGAGGUGGCUGUGUGGGACAACAACUAAUCAAGAUGAGCACCUCAGGGAGCCAGACACUUCUGGUGUGGAGCACCAAGACCCCGUGAAAGCAGAUGGGCCAGCAGGGCCAGGCCAACCCACCAAACCCAUCGCCUAUGUAAGGCCCAUGCACAUGGAGGCCCCAGCAACUGCAGAGCCAGAGGCAGCCCCAGCCGCACAAAGACCAGAAAGACACCACUCCAGAAGCCACCCCAGGGGAGGGAGGACAGAGAGAAGUGGCCAGAGAAGGACCAGGGAAGGGAGGCAGAGGACAGAGAGAAGGAGCCAGAGAAGGAGCAGCUGCCACCAGCAGGCAGCCUCUCAGGAGCCACCAGAAGUCCCUCAGGAGCACUUUAUGGAAAUGGUGCUGGACAACGAUGACCUGGCCCUGGAUGCUGACUUUGAAGAUGGGCUGGCCCCCUACUUCCCCUUCAUUCAAAUAACCGCAGCGCCAAUGGGGACUGUCCAGGAGCUGCCCCAGCCCUCUGGCCACUGGUCCCUCAUGGGACGUCAGGCAGCCACCCUGUACCCCACUAUCAACUUCACCCCUCUGUCAGGCACUGCCCUACACUUCAUGCAGACCUCCUUCGGGAUCCAUGUGUUCGGGAUUCCAGAGUUCUUCACUCACAUUGGUAUCUGA